UGUGUGUGCUCACUCUCAUUUUUGUUAAGGCUCGGCGCAACUUUGCGCUCUUUUCUCUGGUCGCCCCGGCAGCCUAUGGCCCUGGAAGGCGCCGCUGCCGCCUCCCGUAUUUCUGCUGUAGGUUCCCACAUCCCUCUUUAAAAAUUCCGCCUAAAAAGAGAAGACGAUUUACCAAAUCUUUCGGGCCGUUGUCCCACGGCAAGCUCUCUGACCAGGUGUACAACUAUCCAGAGGGAUUAGGAGAAGUGCUUUAUCGAGAACAGUUCGACUUCAACGCUGAGCCACCUUGGGAUCCUAGCUGAUGAUAGUAGGGUUCCAUCUCCUAACUUGUCCAUUUUGUUGCAUAGCUUAAGGACCCGGAUCUAAGGCUUUGUGGCCCAUCCCUUGUGUUUCUUGGUUUAUGACUGUCGGCUUUGCGGAAUACGGCUGAGAUGAAAGGAUUUCUUGAGGAUGCAAACUACUCCAUUGGCUUACUGGAUGAAGGAGUAAAUGUUGGAGAUGUCAUUGACAACUGCAUUUAUGAACAUACUGUUACUGGAAAAAAUACUUUUUUUGUUGGUGAUCUGGGAAAGUUGAUUAAGCAGCACAUCCACUGGCAGAAUGUGAUGGCACCAGUAAAGCCAUUUUACAAUGUAAAAUGUAACUCCACUGUAGGUGUACUUGAGAUACUGGCAGCUCUUGGAACUGGGUUUGCAUGUUCAAGCAAAACUGAAAUGGCAUUGGUUCAAGACCUGGGCAUUUCUCCUGAAAACAUUAUAUUCACAAAUCCUUGCAAGCAAGCUUCUCAGAUAAAAUAUGCAGCGAAAAUUGGAGUAAACAUUUUGACAUGUGACAGUGAACUUGAAUUAAAGAAAAUUGCUAGGAACCAUCCAAAUGCAAAGCUCUUGCUUCAUAUUGCCACAGAAGACAUUAAUGGAGAGGAAGAGAUGAACAUGAAGUUUGGCACCACCCUGAAGAACUGUCGGCACCUCAUGGAAUGUGCUAAGGAGCUGAAUGUCCAAAUAGUUGGUGUUAAAUUUCAUGUGUCAAGCUCUUGCAAGGAAACUCAAGUAUACAAACAUGCUAUUUCUGAUGCUCGCUGUGUGUUUGAUAUGGCUGAAGAAUUUGGCUUUACCAUGAACCUGCUGAAUAUUGGUGGUGGUUUCACAGAUUACGAAGCUGACCUAGAGGAGGUUAAUCACAUUGUCAGUCCAUUACUUGAUACCUACUUUCCUGAAGAAUCUGGUGUGAACGUGAUUGCGGAGCCUGGAUGCUAUUAUGUUUCUUCUGCAUUUACUCUAGCAGUUAAUAUCAUUGCCAAGAAAGCUGUUCAAGAUGACAAACCUCUUCUCUCUAAAGUGGAACAAAUAAGGAGUGAUGAACCAGUCUUCAUGUACUACAUGAAUGAUGGUGUUUAUGGUUCUUUUGCAUGCAAAUUAUCUGAGAAUUUGACUACUAUUCCAGAGGUUCACAAGAAAUACAAGGAAGAUGAGCCUCUAUUUGCAAGCAGCCUUUGGGGUCCAUCCUGUGAUGAGCUUGAUCAAAUUGUGGAAAACUGUCUUCUCCCUGAGCUGAAUAUUGGAGACUGGCUGCUCUUUGACAAUAUGGGUUCUGGUGCUUUGGGUGAACAAUCUGCUUUUAAUGAUUUCCAAAAGCCACCAGUUUACUACAUAAUGUCAAUCAGUAACUGGUGUGAGAUGCAAGAUGCUGGGUUCACCUCUGACACACUGAUGAAGAACUUCUUCUUUGUGCCUUCUUGCAUUCAGCUGAGUCCUGAAGACCGCUUUUCUAUUGCAGCUUAAACAGGCACUAAUGCUUCAAUUAGCCUUGCAGUUGCAUGUCUGUAGUCUUGUCUGGUCACAACAUUCCAGUUUGGAAUUAAAAUGGAACAAUCUUGAAUGAAUUAUUGAAACUUGAAAUCAUUUGGGACCAGGCAAAACCAGCUACAACUACAAUUCACUGGGGGAGUAAAGGUUUAAAAAAAAAGAAAGAUUUAAACUUGUCAGAUCACUCAAUCCCUCAGCAUUUAAACGAAAUAUGCAACAAAAUGGAUGACUUAGUUGAGAUGGAAACCCAUCACUUGGGUUCUCUGUUAAACAGUUUACAUACAAGUACAGUUUUUAUACUAAGGAUUUCUGUUAGUCUUGUAAAGUUGUCUUUCCCUCUGAUAUCUGAAAUGUCAGUGGGAAACAAGUGUGACUUCAUUAGCUAUGUUUAGUGUAUUUAGAACGUGUAAAUUUGUGCUUUGAACUGUAGUUUAAUAAAUGUAAAAUUGCAUCAUAGUAUUUGUUGUAUUCACCUUUGCAGUACCCACCCUUGUAUGAUUGCAAUAAAAUUUUGUGUAGACUUUACUGUUCUCCCCACCUACCCCCUCCCUGCUAAUACAGGGAAGAGAUCUAAGCAACACUGAUAGUACAAAAAGGUGUAAGGUUAUUAUUCAAAGACUGUUUAAAUUGAGAAAAUUUUAAAUCAUGAUUUAAAAACUAAGCUGAAAUGCAGUCUGCUGUUUUCCUCAUGCAUCUAAUUUAAGCUAACUCCAAAACGUGUAAGAAAACAGGUGCUGCAAAUCAAUUCACAGGAAGUAAAAUGCAUAUAAUAACCAGAAAGCUAAUUUAUUGCUCUCUUUUGUCUAAAAAGCAAGACUUACUUUGCACACUUUGAAAGUAAGACCCAUUAAACUUGGAGGGGCUUACUUUCCACAGAAAAAACAUAGGAUUAGGAUUUAAAAGUCUCAGUAUUCCAACGAAGUAAUUCUGAUUAGCAUUUGCUCUUUGACAGGAUGUCUACAUCCAUCUCUAGGAACCAGAUCCCUGAUGUUCUAGAUAUACUUGGAACUCUAUCUAAACUGUAGCAGCUAGACUUAGCAAGCAAAAUAUAGAAGCUUUUACUCAUCGUUGCUUAGAUUCCUCCUUCCCUUUGAUUUCUCACUUUAAUUUAUUUUGCUAACCUAGUAGCCUUGGAUGUGAAUUUUGAAAUGCACCAAGCCAGAGUUAAUUUGAAAAUGGAGAUUAGUAUACUUAAAUAACUUGGUAAUGUAAAAUGGGCUGCCAGAUGCACAUGCAUUUUAUACUAAUGCCAGUUGGCAGGAAGCUUUCUCUUCUCUCUGCCCCCUUUCCAGUUCACUGGAGCUAAAACUGCAUACUUGCUAGAUGAAGGGGUUUGGGAAAAUUCCCUUCAGCCUGAUCCUUUUAAAAUAACAGGUACUAUAUGCUUUUAACCAUAUGAGAUGCUUUUAAUCUGCAUGAAUGCUUCCUGCAGCUAAAUCUUAAUAACCCUGACAGUGGAAUAUGGUUGUGAACAUUAAAGCACAAAUGAAAAAAGCAAAAUCAGUUUUCCAGUUAAGAAAAAAACAUCACUUUCCAGAGUUUUGAUCCAGUAUCUGUCAGGGUUCUAUUAGGAAAUUAAAAAAGCAGGGGCAGUUUUCAUAUCCUCCAUCAAGCCUCUCUAAAGAUACCAAGGAUUCUGCUCUUAAGUUUAUAGAACUGUUGUGAGUUAACCAACUCUGUUGUAAAUGGUACAGUCACCUUCAAAAUGUCUGUAUUGUAUUUGACAGUUUGCCAUAAAAGCUGGUUUGAACUUGGUAUGUAUUUGAAUUUAUAUGCUAAAACCUAUCUCUUCUGUUUACAAUAUUGUAAUAUCAGUUUUUGAAUAAUUCAAAUAUAAAACUGAAUGAUUUCUAUAUAGCAAAUUAA